AUGUUAAUCUUAACAAGAGUCCUUUUAACAUGCAGAGCACACAGCACACACAGUGAAAUGUGUUCUCUGCUUCUAACCCAUCCUAGUACCAGGAGUCUACUACUAGGAGCAGUGGGCAGCCACCGCAGGGCAGGAGGUGAACUGGGACCUCUCCAAGUAGCAGUCACAAUCCAUGUUUUAGGUCUGGUCGGUGGCUUGAACGAGCAACCCUAUGGCUCGCAUGCUUUUACGCUUCUUGCAUCUCAGGUGUGUUGACAUUCAAUUAACCUUUUGAAAGCUUGUGCGUAACUUUAUUGACUAUUUUAUAUUCCUGGCACUGACACAUUUGCACUUCCUUAUCUGCCAAGGUCAAUUUAAACACGGACACUCAAAACGCAACGCAAAAUAAUCUCGAGUAGGCUACCUGUGGGCGACACUAACCGGUAACCGAUGGUUUCAGCGGUCGUUAGUGUAAUAAUGACCAGCCCCGUGUGUUGUGGAGCAGCCAGUCCAUCCCUCUACGGGUAGCUGACAGUGGACACAUAUGUGUGCGGCUGGAGAAAAGCAGAGGGAAAUACUGUAGCCUCCGUUAUUUACCAGUACACUACUGCAAGGCAAAACCUUUGUUUCGAGACACUCCCUUUCCACUUUUACCACGAGAACACACCAAGCUGCGCCGUAGUGUGCCACAUCGUCUCUGGACCAUAAGACAACAAUCCAGGUUGAAUUAUUUGACGUGAAUCUUUUUUGGACGAGUUACGGAUGUAUGCGGGUGACUCUCAGAGUUGCAGUUUUAUUCGUGAACAUUCAGCUGCGUUCACUAUCUUCCAGUUCGCGGUCUACUGAGCUUGGGCAACAAUGGGACAGAAGAUGAAGAAUAUUUUUAAAUUAAUGCUUUGCGUUCCUAUCACGCUCUGUGCCCUGUACUUAAUAUCUCCUUCUUUAAAACUUAUCAUAGGCCUCUUACCUAUGGAUAAAUGCUCUUUGGAAAAUGCAAAUAUGCUGAAUCUGGACAACAGUGUGGACGCCAGCCUCGACCUUUGGUCCAGAGCUGACGUGCAAACAUGUACGACUUGGAAAGCUGCCAUUAUCUGGGAAGGGAUGUUUGACCCUGACGCUUACGACCAGAUGCACAGAAGAGAAGGAUCCUCUGUGGCUCUAACAGUUUUUGCUGUUGGCAGGUACCUGGAUGCUUACCUCAAGACCUUCCUGAACACCUCAGAACAACACUUUAUGUUGGGUUUGCCUGUGACGUAUUAUAUAUUUACAGACGUGCCAGAGAAGGUACCAGACAUCAAGCUCGCUCCACAGCGAAGCAUAAAGGUUAUGAAAGUAGAGAAGAAUUCAAGGUGGCAGGAUGUGUCGAUGAUGAGAAUGAAGACCAUAUCAGACGUCAUAGAGUCGGAUAUUCGCCACCACUGCACGCACGUCUUCUGCUUUGAUGUGGAUCAGGUGUUUACUGGGAGAUUUGGCUCGGAGGCUCUGGGAGAUUCUGUCGCUCUGCUCCACGCCCAUUACUACCGCCUUCCAAAGAAGUAUUUUACCUAUGACCGCAACCCAAAUUCCAAGGCGUACAUGCAAACUGGGGAUUUCUACUACCAUGCUGCCAUCUUUGGAGGCUUGUGGAAGAGUGUAAAAGCGUUGACUGAGGCCUGCUAUCAGGGUAUCAUGGAGGAUAAACGGAACAAUGUGGAGGCUCUGUGGCACGAUGAGAGCCAUCUGAACAAAUACAUGUGGCUUCACAAGCCGACCAAGGUGCUCUCCCCGGAGUACUGCUGGGAUACCAGCAUCAUCUACAGGAGUGAGAUACGAGUCACCCGACUAAUGUGGGCACCAAAAUAUUAUGAUACACUUCGCACACCUUAGUGUCUUAUGUAUUUCAUAUUUAGUAAAUGGCAAACGGAAAACUAUGUGACAAAUAAUAACACAUUUGAUCUCUCAGGUUCUCAUGCUCCCUGGCUCUUUUCUCUCGGGGGAUUUAUUUGCACAUCUGCAGGUGUGGCUUUUCCUAAUGGAGGGACAACUUCUUUUUACUGACCACCUUUCAGAAAAUGUUUGUUUUCCAUGAUUCAGGUAAAUCCGACAGUGCUGCCCAUGCUUCAUUGUCAGUGUAUAGUGAUAGUAUAAUAUUAUAUGUGUGCUGAAAAGUAGCACUUGUUAUUUGUAUGUCUAUCUAUCUCUUUAGAUCAAUGAAGCCUUGCCCUAUGUUCAUUCAGAAAUUAAAUAUAGUAACUAUAUUUAUCCCAUAACUACAGUCAAGACUUCCGUUUUUUUCUGAAAGAUGUCAUGCAGGGUGUGAACUUCAUAUCAUCUUCUCAGUUUCUGAAGAGGAAGGCAUGAAAGCGGAAACCUAAUAAGCAUCUUGUCCCAGAGAUUGUUUUAUUUUUUAAAGUAAAAGUGCAUUUAAUAAAUAUUUAAUUGAUAUCAUUUAAUAGUACAGUAAGCUCUCAACAUACACAUUAAAGUCACAUGUAAUUGUUCUA